UCGCUGUGUCAUACGGACACAGCUGAUCACGUGAUGUGGUAAAAGGCCAAUCACAGCGGCCUUUUACCACGUGAUCAGCGGUGUCCAAUGACACGCUGAUCAGAGGGAAAUGCAAGUUCCGGGCACUGAUGAUCAGUGCCCUGAUGAUCGUGCCCAGCAGUGCCACCCACAAGUUCCGCCCACCUGUGCCCAGCAGUGCGCCCACUAGCUCUGCCCACCUGUGCCCAGCAGUGCACCCACCUGUGCCCAGCAGUGCACCCACCUGUGCCACUCUGCAGUGCACCCACCUGUGCCACUCUGCAGUGUCACACACCUGUGCCCACCAGUGCCACCCACCUGUGCCCACCCACCUGUGCCCACCUGUG